AUGUUCCGUGAGCAAAAAAUUGUAACCACCAAGGUUGUGCAACCAAGGUUUUUGGGUACUACACCUAAAGUGGUUAGAGUUUCAUUGAUGGAUCACAAUGCCACUGAUUCUUCCAGUGAUGAUGAAGAAGAAAGGUUUAUUCAGCGCCCAAAGGUGAAGAAAUUAGUGAAUGAGAUCAGAAUUCAAGGCUUUUCAUUUCCCAAAAUGCGGAACAAUAGAAGACAUGAUGACGAUGAUGGUGUUGGAUGUUCAGGUGUGAAACAGCAAGAUAAGAGGACUAACCAAGAUCAUAGAAAUAUUCAAACCAAUCAAAAGUUUCGUGGGGUUCGUCAUAGGCCAUGGGGAAGAUUUUCUGCUGAGAUAAGAGAUCCUAAUAGCCGAACUAGAGUGUGGUUGGGUACUUUUGACACUGCUGAAGAGGCUGCAAUGGUUUAUGAUAGAGCUAAUAUUAAAUUUAGAGGUGCUCAUGCUAUCACCAAUAUCAUCAAACCUUCAUCAAGGGAAUCAAUGUCCAAGAAUGAAGAAGCAUGUCAUGACGAAGAAGCUAUAUCCGUUGAUUGUGAUGUUGGUGGUGAUGAUGGAAUGAUUCUUGCACAUGAAGAUGAUGAAGAUGAUGAUGAUGACGACGACGACGACGAUUCGGGUAAAGGGUUUAAUGAUUUAUUUUCACCUUCCUCUGUUCUUGUGUUUAAGCCUAUUGAACCUGUGACUGAAGGGAUACCGGUAGAAGAAUGGUCUAAAGAGUUAACAACAACUGAAGAACCUGAUUCGGGUAAAGGGUUUAAUGAUUUAUCUUCACCUUCCUCUGUUCUUGUGUUUAAGCCUAUUGAACCUGUGACUGAAGGGAUACCUGUAGAAGAAUGGUCUAAAGAGUUAACAACAACCGAAGAACCUUGCUUUUACGAUGACUUUACGUUUUUGGAUUCAUGUUAUGAAUCUCUUCCUCUUUUAUUUUCUAAUUACAAUGGUGUUGAUGCUUCUUUAGUUCUUGAUGAGGAUUUUAAAUCCUGUGAAUGGGAUGUAGAUAAUUAUUUCUAA